CAUUAGUCGACCACGUGAGGAUGGCGUUGCGCACUCUGUUGGGACGGCGACAGGACUGCACGCGGCGGUGGCUGAGCGUGGAGAGGAAAGUAAGACCGGCGCUGCGACUGGAGUCGGGCGCCUGUGGACUGCCACACCCGCAGAAGCGUGCGACGGGCGGAGAGGACGCCUGGUUCAUCAGCGGCAACACUGUCGGCGUUGCGGACGGUGUCGGCGGCUGGGCGCGCAAGGGCAUCGACUCGGGCGAGUACUCGCGCACGCUCAUGAACUCGGCCAAGCGGACGGUGACGGUCGCGGAUAAGACACCCACGCCGCUGCAAGUGCUGACGGUGGCACAUCGAAGCGCGCAGUGUCCGGGCAGCUCGACGGCUUGUAUCGUGCAGCUGAAUGAUUUGUCGUUGCAGGCGAUCAAUUUAGGCGACUCGGGCUUCCUGCUAUGUCGGUUGCAGCCAGACAAGGUAGAGGGAGGUGCACUGAGGUGGCAGGUCGUUCACGAGACGCCUAACCAGUGUCACUACUUCAACUGCCCGUACCAGCUGGGCUUCGGCGCCAACGGAGACAAGUGUACGAGCUCGAGACACAAGAAGGCGACGUGA